GUUAAAUGUUAGGAUUUCCCUUGUCUAUCAAUUUUGAUUUCUAGUUCCCACCCACGCAGCAUAAAUAGAAACCUUCAUAAAUUUCUGGAACAGAUUUCUUCUUAGUGAGUUUGGACUUGGCAAAAUGGCAAUAGGAUGUGUGGGAAGGAGGAGGGUCUUGAUUCCCAAUAAUGAUGAAGCUUCUCCACCAUUGAAGAGAUUCAUUUGCAGUCAUGGCAACUCUGAGAGUUCUUCUCCCCUUGAAGCCCUUCCUCAGGAAAUUCUGAUAAAAGUGUUGUGUGGUGUGGACCAUGAAGAUUUGAAGCAACUUUUUCAUGUGUCGAAAACUAUUAGAGAAGCAACUCUGGUUGCUAAAGAAAUGCAUUUUGAGUUUAGUACACCAAAGAAGAAAACUUUUGCUUUAAUUAGUCCAGUUGAUAUGGAGGAAGAAAUUGAAGCUCCAAACGCACCGUUGCCUUUGAAGAAUCCAAAGUCAAGGUUGCAAGGGAGGAAGCUGAGCUCACUGGCCUUGUUUGCUUCCAUGGAUGAAGAACAAUGAACAUGAGGGAAAUUUCCAAUAGACUGUAUCUAUAAUUUAAUUUGGUAGAUUAGAGAGGGAUCGAUUUGUGAUCCACUCAGAGAUGUUGACUUAUUUAACACGCUGAGAAAACUUCACAUUUACAAGUCAUUUCUUCAAAUCUAUUAUUGAA